ACAUCAUCAAUUAAACAAUGCAAUUUAUAGAGAUUAUUUUAUGCUGCUGUUGUGUAUUUACUGGUCACUUUUCAAAUGGAAGCAACAUUCACACUUCAGAUAUCAAAACGCGCCUUAUCAAUCAUACGAUGGAAUUGAUUGAUAAAGGUUUCACUAAUACUUCGAACCCAGUGAUAAUAACUUCUAAUUUAGUUAAUGACCAAGUUGUAAGUCGAAAUAUCGAUGAUGGAAAUCCGCUGAUUAUAGUGAAUGGUAAUUUCAAACGUGAGCAAAUCAAAGAGUAUUACCCUGUCUAUCCUACUUCCGUCAUAAAAUUUGAAUCUAUUGAAAAUCUGAUACCGCUCAUUUUUGAGUUCAUUCACUCAACAAUUUGGAGUUUAAAGUCACCGAUUUUCAUUCUUGACAUUUCUGAAAAGUUUAUCGCUACGAAACCUUAUUCAGUUCUUAAAAUUCUAGCAAACUUUGAUAUCUUGGUAUCAUAUUACUUGGGGUAUGAUAACGUCAAAGAUUCAACCACAGUUUACACUCUAAACCCUUACACACAAUAUGAUCCGUUUCCUUGGAAUGAAGUUGGAUUUGCAAACAUGAAGAGUAAAACCAAGACGACACUAUACAGUUUACAGUACCCGAAAGGUAAUUUACUCACUUUAAUAAUUGUUUUAACUUAA